UCUAAUGCAGCAGAAGCUUAUGACAGCAGUGGUACCCAACAAGUCACACACUGCUCCCUGUCUCCAGGCUACCUUUGCUGCAGUGGCCUCAUUUAGCAUCACCUUUGGCAGGCAGGAGAGGGGUGAAGGAGGGCUACUGGUCUGAAGAAGAAGAAUAAGAAGGGGUGUAUUGUGCCAACCAGCCCCCCCAGCCAGCAUCCUGUAUCUGGCUGUGCUGCAUUGCUGCCUUCCUGUGCUGCAUUGCUGCCUGCCUGGCUCUGCCUGUGCUGCAUUGCUGCCUGCCUGGCUUUGGCUGUGCCCAUGCAAUGAUGCUGCAGCUGUGCUCAGUGGCUUGCUGUGGCCCCCUCCCCUGCUAAGGCAGUGGCAGUAUGGAUGGUGGUGAUCUUCUGACGACCUCUGCUGAUACCAUCAACCCAGUGCGGUCCGGCAUGCUGAGUAAUCCCUGCUGUCAAUGGGCGAGGACGUAGACACACGGAAAAUUAACCACAGCUUUCUCAGGGACCACAACUAUGUGACUGAAGGGGAGAAAAGUGACCUGCCUCUGAGACACCCCAGACUGUGUGGAGGGCAUGUACUUCCUACCUUGUGGACUUCCAUGAGAGACCAUCUCCCAGAAUCCCAUUGCACUUCACCGGCCUGAAAUAUGAGCUGUGGCUGCCUUGACAUCAUAACAACAAGCAAUGCUGAUAUCAUUUCUACAGUUGAGUUUAACCACACUGGAGAACUGCUGGCAACCGGAGACAAAGGAGGUCGUGUUGUAAUAUUCCAAAGGGAACCUGAGAGUAAGAAUGAACCUUGCAAUCAGGGCGAAUACAAUGUUUACAGCACUUUCCAGAGCCACGAGCCUGAAUUUGAUUAUCUGAAAAGCUUGGAAAUAGAGGAAAAAAUUAACAAGAUUAAAUGGCUCCCCCAGCAGAACGCGGCCCACUCCCUUCUGUCGACAAACGAUAAAACAAUCAAAUUAUGGAAGAUAAGUGAACGUGAUAAAAGACCUGAAGGAUACAACUUAAAAGAUGAAGAAGGCAAGUUGAAAGAUUUGUCCACAGUAACCUCCUUACAGGUGCCUGUUCUAAAGCCCAUGGAUUUAAUGGUAGAAGUUAGCCCAAGGAGAAUAUUUUCCAAUGGACACACAUAUCACGUCAACUCCAUUUCUGUUAACAGCGACUGUGAAACAUACAUGUCGGCUGAUGACCUUAGGAUUAAUCUGUGGCACUUGGCAAUCACAGACAGAAGCUUCAACAUUGUGGAUAUCAAACCUGCAAAUAUGGAAGACCUGACUGAAGUGAUUACAGCUGCCGAAUUCCAUCCUUAUCAUUGCAACUUGUUUGUGUACAGCAGCAGCAAAGGAUCUUUGCGACUUUGUGAUAUGCGAGCCUCUGCCCUCUGUGAUAAGCACUGCAAACUUUAUGAGGAACCAGAAGACCCAAGCAACAGAUCGUUUUUUUCUGAAAUAAUCUCUUCAGUUUCGGAUGUCAAAUUUAGCCACAGUGGACGUUAUAUGCUCACACGGGAUUACCUCACCGUCAAAGUUUGGGAUCUCAACAUGGAAACCAAACCCAUUGAAACGUACCAGGUCCAUGACUACCUUAGAAGCAAGCUGUGUUCACUGUAUGAGAAUGACUGUAUCUUUGACAAGUUUGAAUGUGCAUGGAAUGGUUCUGACAGUGUCAUCAUGACUGGGGCAUAUAAUAACUUCUUUCGUAUGUUUGACCGGAACACUAAACGAGACGUAACCCUUGAAGCCUCCAGAGAAAGCAGUAAGCCACGAGCUGUCUUGAAACCCCGAAGGGUGUGCGUAGGUGGCAAGAGAAGAAAAGAUGACAUUAGUGUAGACAGCUUGGACUUUACCAAGAAGAUCUUACACACUGCCUGGCACCCAACCGAGAACAUCAUUGCGAUUGCCGCGACAAACAAUCUGUACAUAUUUCAGGAUAAAGUGAACUCAGACAUGCACUAGGGAUUAUCAUUAAUCUUCUCAAAUUUGAAAAACAUUGAACUCCCUAGGGGCAUCGGGAUCGAUGACCGAUGUGGGAAAUGUUCUUGGUGGUUGGAUUGCUAUACUUCUCUUCCUUAACUCCUUGCAUUGUACAGUGUAAGGACCUACCCUAUCCUAGGUUUAAGGAAUACAUUAUUUUUGAAGUGUUAGAACUUUGCAGCAAAGAGGGAUUUAUUAAUAUGCAAGUAGGUCAGUCUUACGGUUUUUGGCAGAGAAGGAUCAAAUGACGUUUUGGAUACCUGUUUUUGUUUUAAGGCUUUAUGGCCUUUUUUUUUUUUUUUUGCAAUAACAUUUUGCAUCUAACUAAAUGUAGUAAUAUCUGUAUUUAACAUUUUAUUGGUGACAGGUCAGAGAAACAGAAAAAAAAGAGAAACUUAAAAAAAAAAAAAAUAAGUUUACGUCAACCAAAUCAUAUUCUAAUGUCUAUUAAUUCUACAACACUACUUUCUGGGAGAAUACAAUCAUGCAUGACCCAUAUUCCAAUUACACAUGUUAAUAUAUACAUAAUAUCAGAUGAUGCUCCCAAAUGAUUUGUUAAUAAUAAAUGUCAUUUAGGGAGCGAAAAAAAAAGAAAAAGUAAAAGUUAUAACAAAUAAGUGCAUGUGUACAGUUCAACCAUGGGGUUACUUUGCCUGCCGAAAUCCAGAAAAUCUUAAAUUGUGUUUCCCCACCAAAUGCUGCUGACACAAUAUAAUCAUUGUUUUACAGCAAAAUUAAAGAAUAUAUAAAUAUCAACUGUAUAUGAAUAUAGUUAUUUGCAGUUAUAAAUGGUAAAAUAUUUCUUACACCGCAGAAACACUGUAAUUGAGAAUGGAAAUUUUUUAAAAUAAUUCAGUAAUUAUGCGUCGGUAACAAUAGUUACCAUCUUGACAAACUAAUAUCGAGGGGAAAAAUAAGCAGUAUGCGCAUUCUUUUUAUUCGGUUUCAUUUCUGUGUGUUAAAUAGGUUUUCCUGCAUGCUGUAAUUACCUAAAAAGGACAGAGUAUUUUUAAAUUAAAAGCUGCAGUUAUAUUUUGUGCGAAAAUAAGAAUUUUUUGGUUUUUUUUUUAUACACACAUACUUUUAUUUAUAAUACCACAAUGUCUUGAAAAGUGAAUGAUUAUUUUUUUCCAAUUUUUUUUCAAUUUUUUCUUUUUGUGGAGUUAAAAUAAUCAUCUAGUGACAACGCGGACAUUACAAACAGGACAGACAGUUGACUUUCUUUAGAAUGGCAUUGCCGUUGGCUGUUGUAAAUCCCUGCAAUUUUCCACUAAGGUUAUUAUAUGGUCAGCUAAAUGGGGACUAUCCCAAAUGCACAUCAAUACAAUACAAUGUCAGGAAAAAGAAAAAAAGUUUACAAUGUAUGUAACCAUGUCUAUAUCUGCAGAAAACCGAUCUUUGGCAUUACAGAACAAAUGAGAAAAAAAGUUAUUUUUUUUAAAACGGAUUAUCCAUUAUAAAUACUAAUAUUAUGUAAGCCUCUCCACUACUAAUAUGCAUGUUUUUAUAUUUUCGCUUCAGAAAGCGUCAGAAGCUUUCAAAUGCAAUCUCAACCUUUUUAUAUGAUGUGUAUCUUUGAAGCAGGUACAUGCAAUGCGUAUGUUCGAUUUAUUUUCUAGACAUGCUGUAUAUAGACGUGUGAAGCACAAUAAGCAUGUGCAUCUAUUCUCAGCCAUACUGCACACGGCUUCAGGCGUGUCAGCUUCUUUUCAAGGAAAUGAGGAAUGUCUGUUUAUAUUGUAUAAUCUUAUUAUGAACAAUAUUAUAUGUACAUAUUUAUGAAUUGUAAGGUUUCUUGGGAGG